AUGAGCGCCGUCGACUCACACCACCAUCACAAUCACCACAACAAUCAUCAUUCGAAUGGCAAUGGAACAGUGUACGAUUCGAAUGGAAACGAUGAGAUCAAACAGGAGAUCAAAGAGGAGCCAAUGCUAUCCGAUGACGAUGUGACAUUUGGUGAAAUGAUGAAGAAGAAGGAGAAGAAGAGUAAAAAGAAUAAGAGGAAGGCACCAGAGAGUGGAGAAGAAGAGGAAGAAUCCGAGGACGAUUAUAAGCCCGAGAAGCGGAAAUCGUCGAAAAACGGGAAAAAGAAGGCUGGAGGAUCGGAGGAUGAGGAGGAGUCGGAGGAUGAUUAUAAGCCGGAGAAGAAGAAAUCGAAGAAGAAUAAUAAGAAGAAGGGAAAGGCGAGUAGUGAGGAGGACGAUGAUGAUGAUUACAGCGAGGAGGAUGUCAAGCCACCGAAAGGCAUACAAGAGGACACUACGACGUCAACGGCUUCAGACGAUACCUCGAUGACUGAAGAGGAAAAGAAAAAAGAGAGAAAACGGCUGAAAAAGGAGAAAAAACGGCUGGAGAAGGAGAAUCGGAAGGUGAAGGAAGAAGAAGCAGGCGAUGCCUAUUCCGAUGAGAUCAAGAAGGAGAUGAUGGAAGAGGAGAAUAGCGAGGAUUCAGACGAUGACGAAGGCGAGAAGAAGAAGAAGAAGAAGAAAAAGAAGGCGAAAGCUGAGAAGAACAAGCCGAGCACCUCAACUCCAGCCAAGAAUAACAAAAAAGAGCCAAGCAAGAAGAAGGUGAAAGAGGAGCAAGAAGAGAUUUGGGAGUGGUGGAAAGAAGAGAAGAAGCCAGACGGUGUCAAAUGGAAUACCCUUCAACACUGUGGUCCACUCUUCGCGCCCGCCUACAUUCCCCUUCCAGAUCAUGUUCACUUCAAAUACAAUGGUCAUCGAAUGAAGCUAUCACCGGCGGCAGAAGAGUGUGCUACGUUCUAUGCUGGAGUCGUGAAUCACGAGUAUUCGAGUCAGGUUCAAUUCAAUACCAAUUUCAUGAAAGACUGGAGAAAGCUGAUGACUUCUGGCGAACGAGAGAAGAUCACAGACCUGGCGAAAUGCGAUUUUACGCAUAUUGUUGAGUAUCAGAAUGAGCAGCGGGAGAUUAGAAAAGCGAUGACGAAAGAGGAAAAGGCGAAGAUCAAAGAGGAGAAGGCCCAAGAAGUCGUGGAUUAUGGAAUAGCAAUCAUUGAUGGACACAAAGAAAAAAUUGCGAAUUUCCGUAUCGAACCACCAGGUGUAUUCCGUGGACGAGGAGGACAUCCGAAAAUGGGAUUCAUCAAGAAGCGCAUCGUUCCGGAAGACGUUAUAGUCAACUGUGGAAAAGAUUCGGUGAUUCCAAAACCACCACUUGGCCACAAGUGGAAGGAAGUGAGACAUGAUAACACUGUCAGUUGGCUCUGCUCAUGGACAGAAAGUGUGCUCGGACAGAACAAGUACAUUAUGCUGAAUGCAAGUUCCAAGAUCAAGGGAUCAAAGGAUUAUGAGAAGUAUGAAACUGCGAGACGUCUCAAAAAGAAGAUUGGAGGCAUUCGAGAGAGAUAUAUUGCGGAUUGGAAGUCCAAGGAAAUGAGAAUACGGCAAAGAGCCACGGCACUCUACUUCAUUGACAAACUGGCACUUCGUGCUGGUAACGAGAAGGAUGUGGAUGAGUCGGCGGAUACUGUUGGUUGUUGCUCACUCCGUUAUGAGCAUAUCAAGCUGUUCGAAUCGGCAAAACUUCAGGAGACUGAUAAGAAGGAGAAGGAGUUCGUUGUGGAGUUUGAUUUCCUUGGUAAGGAUUCGAUUCGCUACUUCAACAGAGUCGCUGUCGAGAAGCGUGUAUUCAAGAAUCUCAAGCUGUUCAUGGAGAAUAAGAAGGCUGGGGACGACCUGUUCGAUCGUUUGGACACGGCUACACUCAAUGAGCAUUUGAGGAGUUUGAUGGAUGGAUUGACUGUGAAGGUGUUCCGUACCUACAAUGCAUCGAUUACACUUCAAGAGCAGCUUAUCAAACUGACGAAUCCAGAUGACAACGUGGCUGCCAAGAUUCUAUCCUAUAAUAGAGCCAACAGACAAGUCGCCAUUCUGUGUAACCAUCAACGUGCAGUGUCGAAAGGGUUUGAUGAAUCGAUGGCCAAGUUGGAGCAAAAGGUAAUGUCUCUAAAAAGGAAAAGUUUUUUCAGAUUAAUUUUUCAGAUUAAAGACAAAAAAGCUGAGGUCAAGGAGGCCGAGGCCGCACUGAAGUCUGCUCGUGGUGCCGAGAAGGAGAAGGCCCAGAAGAAGUACGAUCAGAAGAAGGAGCAGCUCAAAAAGUUGAAGAUCCAGAGAACUGACAAGGAUGAGAACAAGCAGAUCGCCCUUGGAACGUCUAAACUCAACUACAUUGAUCCCAGAAUCACGGUUGCGUGGUGUAAGAAGUUCGAAGUGCCGUUGGAGAGGGUGUUCACCAAAACUCAUCGCGAGAAAUUCCGCUGGGCCAUCGACAUGACAAUGACCACUGAUGAGGAGUUCGUCUUCUAA